AUGAUCGACUCACCAGUAUCUGUCAAGGAGCACUCGGCGCAGCCAGCGGACUCGCAAGAUGCUAGCUUUUCCGCCGAUGAGCUCGAACUCCGGGCCCAGGGUCACAAGGGAGAGCUCCCCAGACAGUUCUCUACGCUUUCAACUCUGGCCAUCGCCUUUCUUCUGACGAGCGCAUGGAUUGGGUACUCGGCAACCUUCCCAUACCCCUUGCUGGCAGGGGGUGGGCCAUAUGUGUUCUGGGGGCUGAUCGUGGCGUCGAUUGCCUGCUCCAUCAUCACUGCCGGACUGGCAGAGCUGAGUUCUGCGUUUCCCUCUACCGGAGGACAAUACCAUUUCGCAUUCAUGGUCUCAUCUGAGAAAACCAGAGCUGGCAUUGCUUUCAUCAUGGGCUGGCUCUCUGUCAUCGCCUAUUGUCUCUUCACGGCUAGCGCCACCAUCGUUUGUGCCCAAAUUACUGCCGCAAUCGCAGGAUUCUGGCAUGAGAACUAUGUCGCAACGCAGUGGCAGAUAUACCUGAUGUACAUCUUGUAUCAGGCUCUCGCAACUGCUGUUGUCGUGUUGUUCCCCCGACAGCUGCCGAAGACGGAGAUCGGAUUCUUUCUCAUCAGCGUCUCUGGCUGUAUUGUUUUCUUCAUCACCGUCCUUUCGGCCAGUGAUACCAAACAGCCUGCCAAGGUCGUUUUUACCGAGGUUACUAACGUGACCGGGUGGAGUGACGGUGUUUCGUUUAUUUUGGCAGUUGGGACGUGCAUGUACGCGUACAUUGCCACGGACGGUGCAUCCCAUAUCGCGGAAGAAAUCCCAAACCCGGGCAAAGGUGUCCCUAGAACAAUGAUGCUCAGUCUGGGCAUAUCAGCCGUCAGUGUCAUCCCAUGGACUUUGGCAUUCCUCUUCUCGACCAACGAUCUCGACGCGGUCGCUUCUUCUACCUUCCCCAUUCUCGAAGUGUAUCAACAAGCGUUGAACAACCGCUCGGGUGCCACCUUCCUUGCCGUGUGGCUCCUGGUCAUCUACUUUGGUUCGGUCGUCAGCGUCGUCGCUGCCACGGGCCGUCUGACCUGGGCGUUUGCUCGUGACAACGGUCUUCCAUACUCACCUAUCUUUGCGAAGAUCCACCCCACCCUCAAGAUGCCCGUCAAUGCCACGAUUGUUUCGAGCAUAUUCGUUGCCUGUUACGGUGCCAUCUACGUUGGAUCCACCACCGCAUUCAACAGUUUCAUUUCGAUGUCGAUCCUCUCGCUCAAUGUCACAUACGCAAUUCCUCAAGGCAUUGUUUUCUUCCGGGGUCGGGAUAAUGUGCUUCCACAUACGAGACAGUUCAAUCUGGGCAAGAUCUUCGGCCCAUUCUGCAACAUCUUCUGCGUGUGCUGGGUCUGCUUGUACACGGUACUAUUCUGUCUGCCAACCUUCUUACCAGCUGAGGUCGAGGACAUGAACUACGUUUCUGUUGUUGUCGCCGGCUGUGCCCUUAUUAUUAUUAUCAUGUGGUUCUCUGGGAAGAGAAAGACGUUCGUGGGACCGAUCAUCAAUAUGGAACUCCUGGAAGCCGCCAAGGUUCAACAUGUCGAUGCUGAAACUCAGGCAACAAUCAUCGCUGGUGAGAAGGAGCUCGCGAAUCGAUGA